CCCCCCCCCCCCCAACUCUUUGAUGAAACUCACAAGUUAACCUCUCUUUCUCAACAAACCAACCAAUCACCUCCUCCUUUUCACACCGGCCCAAAAACAAUGAUGUCAUCGGAGAACAUCCCUCCGGUGGCGCACCCACCAGACCACAGCCACAACGCCGCCGCUCGAAAGCAAACGGCUCAAAAACCCCAAGAACAACCACCACUACCACAACCACCUGUUCUCAAGUGUCCUCGUUGUGACUCAUCCAACACUAAAUUCUGCUACUAUAACAACUACAGCUUAACCCAACCCAGACAUUUCUGCAAGACCUGCAGAAGGUACUGGACUAAAGGCGGGGCCCUCCGCAAUGUCCCCAUUGGAGGUGGUUGCCGUAAAACCAAGAAACACAAACCCUCCUCUUCAUGCUUAACGUCUUCCACCGUUUCUUCACGCUUCGACUUGUCGGGGGGCCCAGGAAGUUCCGAGUUUAAGUUUAUGGCCCCGCAGACAAUGGUCCCCGCCAUGGAGUUUCAACUGGGUGGACUUUCCCUCCCUAGACUCCACCCAGCAACGGCGGGGGUCUACACCCAGUUUAUCGCCAGUUCCGGAGCCCACCACCAACCUAUAGCUUUGGGUUCUGGAACUGGUGGGUGUUUUAGUUUGGACUUGUUGGGUGUCGGAGGUGGUAACUACCCAACAAUUCCAAACUCGGGAAACUCCUCUUCAUCAUCGUCAUCUUUAUCUCUAGCUGGGGGUGGUGCUACUGGUGGUGAUCAAUCCAUUUCAAUCUCGUCUAUCGAGUCUUUAAGCUCGAUUAAUCAAGAGAUGCACUGGAAACUACAACAACAAAGAUUGGCUAUGAUCUAUGGACAGACAACAGUUGAUGAAGAUGGUGAUCAUAACAAUAAUAAUAAUCAUCAUCAAGAAAAGGGCAUUAGUUUGUUUAAGAAUUUGGAGAUUACAAGGAAUAAUAAAAUAGAUGUUGGUGGCCCUAAUCCUACAGAAUGGUUGUUUGAUCAACUUCAAACAAAUCCUACUGCUAAUUAUGGUGAUAAUCAUAAUAAUAAUAAUAGCAGUAACGAUAAUAAUGCAAGUAUGGGUGCUACAAACAACAAUGAUGACGAUUUUAACGGGGUUUGGACGGCGGCGGAGGCGGCGGAGUUACAUCAUCAUCAUCGUCAUCAACAGCAUCAUCAGUUUAACGGAAUGCAGUAGAUCAGAAGAUGAGGUACCAACAGAUGAUUGUAGAGAGAGAAACAAAAAAAAAGAUGUCAUUAAUUAUAUAUAUAGCAAAGGUGAUGUUAGACUAAUUAAAUUUAUGAGUAGUUUAAUUAUCCUAAAGCUUAAUCCUCCUCCCAAAACAAAACAAAAAAGUUCAAUUUGAUGGAGGUUAAUUAGUACUUUUAAGUUGUAAGUAAAAUUAAAGGCCCCUUUUGUAAAACUUUCCUAGAUUGUGGUGGUAUAAUCAAAAUUCAAUUUCAUGGAACUAUUUUUUUUA